AUGAUGAGCGCUGCUGCUAGUAAAAAGGUUAUCAAGAAUGUAAAGGAUCUACCGGUGUAUGCGCAACAUGCCUAUGUGGCUUCUACAUUUGGUCUCCCGAAACUCCCUGUCCCUAUGGUCCUCCUCCCAGGUCUCCGCUCUCGCAAGCCACCUCCAAUACCCGUACCUGAUUUAACGAAAAGAAGUCGGGGGAGACAUGUUUCCGCGGCCGAUGAUGAUGCAGGGCGAAAAUAUCAUUGUAACGUUCCAGGAUGCGACAAGAGUAUACAUACACACGAGAAACGUAGGUUCAUUGUUUGUGGGGUUUCAAACCUCGCACUGACUGUCCCCCCAGCACAUCAAUGCCCCUACCCAGGAUGUUUACGAGGGUUCAGUCGAACCGAUAAUAUGAUGCAACACAUGAGAACUCAUGAUGAUUGGCCGGAUGAUGAGACUGCGGCCAAGAUGAUAGCAGAGUCGGAGAAGAAGACCCAGAAGAAGGUGUCUGCGAUGGCGGCUAUGACCGCCGCAUUAGGGCCAGCUAAAGAAGGACAGCCUGAAAGUUCGGAUCUUAGUAACGGUGCGACGGUGGAAAGUGGUGCAGACUUGUCCACUGUCAAUGAGUUCAUCGAGGGAAUGAGCUCACCUGAGGCUACACUAUCUCAAGAGCAGUCGUCAUCACCUCUUUCGACAGGACAGGAGCAGCCUGCUACUAUUGCUCCUG